AUGAAUCGCUUCAGGACCAAGAAGGAGGCCAAGAAGAAGGCCAAGGAUGACAUUUCGACGCCUAGGCCCUCUCAAGAUUCCGAAUUGUCCAUGCCAUUUCGGCCGUUUAGAAAAGGGAAGAAGGCCCAAGAACCUGAGAAGGUCGAGAUCGAUAUUUCAGCCGCUCUACCAUCUAAUGAUGAAUUCCGUACGAGUUUAUUAAUGACCGGCCUUUCAGCCCGGUUCUCCAUGUUACGGGAGCAGGAUGAUCCAAACACCAAGAUCGGUAAGGCCAGCGAUGACAGCGUUCUUUUUCCCAAGCGACAGUCCAGAUUGGAUUACGGCGGCUUUCGCGGCUUAGGGGAUAUCGCCGAGGUUGAAUCGAUAAAAGCAGCGGCUCCCUUCGCUAGACAGACCUCUUAUAAUUCAGAUGACGCGGACUCGUUAAAGGCUAGCAGUGUCAUGGGACGUUCUAAACCGACUGAGGGUAACAACCUAUUUGGCGGGCGCCAGAAGAUCUACAAAAUUCCAGCUGGUACUAGUUCGUCGAAAAAUCUUGACGGCGGAAUGAGCGGGCGAGCCUUGUACGAUGACGAUGUCGCCUUGUCUGCUUUUCAACGUUGGAGACAGGCAGAGAAGGAGCGUAAAUCCUCAGAGGGAGAUGGGGAGGAAGACGAAGAGAGGAAUUCAAGCUAUGCAGAUGCGGAUGCCGUCCGUGCCGAUUCACCAAUACUCAGCAAUUACAACCAAAAAAGAGAAACAUCUUCGACGACAUCCUCCAUCCCAUCAUUAGCUAGGAAUUCGACCGCUGCAACAUCAAUAACGUCUUCUCAGCGGACUCCUUCCCUAAUGGACUGGCAACCAUCAACUAACCCUACUACAACAGUUGAAAGGAGCGUGACACGUACCAGGAGGCUAUACGAAUCUGGGUUGAGCAAUGAUCUUCAUGAGCAGCAGUCCUCGGCUCUUUCCCGCAUCGACACUCUGACACGACAGCGUACUUUUGGUAGUCUAACGCCAGAUCUAGCCCAGAAUUCGCCAUCGCCUACGGCCUUCGGAUUUGCCGAUCGGUUCAGCAGCGAGCGAAAGGUCCUAGCAAAGUCUAGCGCGCCGAACUUGCGAUCUAUGAGUCCCCCCGUCACCGCCUCUCCUACCGGUACCCCGGAUCUCGGCGAUCGUGUGCCUAGCGCAACCGAUAUGCGAUCAAAUUUUGGAGGGGCGCCGCCGCUAAGCCCCCCAAUAAGUGAGACGGAGGAAAACUCGAUUCUUCAAAUUCACCCCAAUGAUCGAGGAAAAGCUACUACACUCGGAAUCUUCCAAAAGCCCCUACAACCGUAUGAUGAGUCCAGAUACGCUCAACGGCAAUUACAACGACAGCAAGGUCGGGAAACGCCUACGCAAAGGUCUCGGGAUGACUUAAAUCCAUCUUCUGGAACUAAUCGAUCUAGUUCAUCGUCGUCUGGAACAAGACAAUUAGAGCCUAAGGUUUAUGUGGCUCCUACCGAAACUGGAUCUGCGUCAAUUGAGCCUGCAACGUCAUUCUUAGCCGAUCCUAAUGACUCGGAUUGCUCUCCUGCUGCGUCGCCCAAGUCAGCUCUUCGUGAUUCUACAAAGCCGGCAGAAUCUGAUAAUCAACCUAUCCCCGGGGAGAAUUCGUCCAUGUCGCCAAAUUCAAAGGGUAUCUCGCCUGCAGAUUCACCUACUCUGGGUCCGGCUCCUGGGGCCGGCCUAAGUGGCAUGGUGCGGCAGCACUUGCGAGGCGACAGCAAUGCUUCGUCAAUUUACGGCGUCACCCCUGGUACUUCGGGUCUAGAAUCUCGUUUCCCUGCGGGCCGAGAGGAUGAGCAAGAUUUCCGAGGAUCAGGUGUAAAUGCGAAUCCAUGGGAGCUACCCGAUGUCGACCGGGAUUGGACACUAGAUUUAGACGUCAACGAGCCAAUGUUAGACAUUCAAUCUCGAUCGUCUAAUGUGCCUACCGCCGAAGAGUUUGCAGGCAAGAGUACUAAUGCAACUACUGGUGACGACCGAGAUGAAUUUGCCAGUCAGCUAGCAGAUGGAGCACGCCGAGUACGUGAACGAUUGACUACAUAUGUCGAAACUGACAGUCGUUCUUCCUCGCCUCGCCGGUCAGAGGAGCCGGUAGAUGUAAGGGAACAGACAUCUAAUGUACGGCAAAAUGGGCUGGGUCUUCUACAGUCAAAGAGCAGCCGGGGAUCAUUAAUUGACCGAAGUCGGGAGCCUCCCCAAUCUAAAGCUAUGAAAAUGCUUGGUCUCGGGGCUUCAAGUAGCCCUCAAUCGACAAGUUCGGCACGAGAACAUGAUGAUGUAGAGCAGCAACCAACGGAGAGUGAUUCUCAUGCCGGCCUUCGAGCGUUUAGACAAGCGAAGCGUGAAUUGCAAAAGAUGAAAGAAGCAGAAAUAGAGGUUAGACAUCAAACACAAUCUCAGGAUCUUGCUUUGGACACCGAUUCCGUACGGUCGACACCAACUAGACAACUACCCUCCGGACAGCGAUCCCCCGAACGCGAACGGAAACCACCGCCUAUCUUUUAUCAGCAACGGACAUUCAGUGAAGAAGGAAAAGAGGUACAGACCCUACCAUCCAGAGGACAGUUAAGGAACGAUCGCGAUAGAAGUGGUUCUGACUCUAGCAACGACGGGCGGUCAAACGUGCGGCCCACGCGGAAUCUUCAAAUUAGUUCCAGUGGAACCGCGGCACGACCUCCAAUGCGUUCCCCAGGCCUCCCCGGUACGGACAUCAAAGGGUCGCCAAUUAUGCCACCGCAACCGUAUCCAGGAUCUAAAAAAUCUAAACCUGCUGCCACUAGCAACCUUCGUGUACAGACGUCUCGCGGUUUCGAAUCGAGCCAGCCCUCACCUAUCUCUCCCAUGCCAUCACCGUUUGGCCGUAAUCCGCCGUCCUCUGGUGUGGUCCCUUCGCCCCGCUCAGGAGCAUCCCCAAAUCGCGGCUACGAGAAUGCAAGUCCGACCACAAGUGAUAGUACAAGACGCAAAAUUAAGACUAAGGACAUUUCAGAUCCUACGUUCGUCAUGUCGACUUCCCAAGUCCCGACCGUAGCCUUGUCAGAAGCCCCACAGAACAUAUCUCGCAGCAACAGUCGGAGUGCGCCGCCUUUGCCCCCCAUUAACCCGCGACGAAGGCAAGAUUUCUCUAGCACUCGAGCUGUCUUUGACAACUUGAGCCGACGCAGCGGUAAUGGCAUGGAGGCAGAGGCUCUCGACCGCAAACGCCUCCGACCGGUAGCAUCUGAUGGUUCAGGGCUUCAAUCAAGAGCUCCUAACAACGCCCCCCCUAAUAACGUUGGUCUUCCUACAUCUAGGAGAGCCGUGACCGAUGGUGGCAAAAACCCUGGCAUGGGUAUGCCGGGUGGUAUGAUUUAG